AUGAUCCAAAAGCUUAUCGACAACGGAGACCUUAAGCAAUACAUAAGGAAGGAAGAAGCAUAUGAUAGGUCAAAACGAAGCAAGCAAGUUAAAUUUCCCGAAGGCAAUAUAAUACUGAACACCAUUUCAUGUUCGGAAUCCACGGGACCGUCACUAACAACGCAUAUUGGGAAAAGGUUGAGAAAGCAGUUCGAAGACUACUGCGAGCUGUAUAAAAUAGAUGGGGUAGAAAUCGACGAUCAUGAGCAAUGGAUGGAUGCACCAAUAACUUUCGAGGCAGACGAUGUGGAAGAAGACAUGGAAGAUCACAAUGAUCCCCUGGUCCUCACACUGCCCGUAGCAGGGUGCAACAUCAAGAAAAUUCUCAUUGACGGAGGAAGUUCAGUAAAUUUCUUGUUCUAUGAUACGUUCAAACGAAUGGAGCUAAACUAUGAGCAGCUGAUAUCUUCGUAUCAUACCAUUUAUGGAUUCAAUGGGGCUCCCACGAAACCAUUGGGAGAUAUUGUUCUGCAAUUAGAUGCGGGACCGAUGAAGAUAGACAUCCGUUUCAGCGUAGUAGACGCUCCUUCCCCCUACAAUGCUAUCAUCGGAAGAAGAUGGGUGCACAAGCUCAAAGGGAUAGCAUCAACUUAUCACCAAUGA